ACAUACAUAUCUCGCAUCUUCACUGAUAAGAAUGGCACAAAUAUUAUCCAUGUGGCCGACGAGUUUGCUGACCCUCUUGCCACUGCGAGGGUCCCACAUGUACACAACACGUUCUGGCGAGCCCAACACAAUUACCGAGCUGAACGGGUCAGCAGCCUGGGCGCACACGGAUGCUUCAGGUCCAGAAUCUCCAGAUACCUCGGAUGCGUUCAGCGUCACCGGAGCAUUCCGCUCCGUGCACGCAGGGUCCCAAAUCUUGAUCGUGCGGUCGAAUGAUGCGGACGCAAGCCACUGGCGAUCCCAACUGAAUCAACAAUGGGUGGGAGUAACAAGGAUCAUUGGGGAUGCGCACCACGAUAGCAGAUUCUGAAGGGGAGUGUGCAUGUGGAGACCAGGCUUUGACUGUACCAUCCAACGAUGCGGAUACAACUACCAGAAGCAUGA